AUGUCUCGUCCGACAAAUCACCCUGGAUAUGAAUCUUCCUCGUCAAAAGGAGACCGUCUCGAAGAACAAGUCUUUUAUUUAUUUAAGUCUAGAAAUAUGUGGGCUAUUAGAACUAGACGAGGUCCAGACAAUGGAAUCGAUCUUUUUGGUUCUUGCAUGGGAUAUAGUUUUCCAGUUCAAUGUAAAAAUCUUUCAUCAAAUGUGACAGCAGAUCAUAUUAGAGCUUUUGUGGGUGCUAUGAGUUGGUAA